GUUGUGAAAUGUGUGUGUAGAUUAAUUUUAAAUGAAACGUGUUUAUAUGUUUUAACUACGUUUUUAUUUUGAUCUGUAGACUAUUUUUUUUUAAUUAUGUGUUACUUACAUACUCGGAUCAAUUGAUGAAGUUGAUCUGCAGCACAGCAUUCUUUUAAUUCUUAUUAUUUUAUUUUAUUUUAUUUAAACUUUAUGUCGACUAAAGUUUUCAAACUCUUUUUGGUUAAAUGGUGUGAAAAAUAUGUGUAUGUAUGUUUUUUUGAAAAUUAAAAUUUGUAUAGAUUUUUAAUCUAAAGUUCUUUGUGGUUUUAGUUUCUGGAACACAUUUUUAUGGAUUAUGUGCUCCUAAUAUUGGCGGAUCCAUGGUUUUAAAGACAUUAUAUCAAUUUUUUUUGUUCUUAGUUUUUUCAAAAACUGUAUAGAUUUUUUAUUGCUAAUGACGUGCAUAAGUGUUUUAACUAUGAUUUAGUUUGACCAAAGGUUUUAACUAAGAUAUGUUUACACAUUAUAUUUGUGUUUUGUUUAUUCCAACUACAAUGGUUUUUUUGACAUAUACAUACGCCUUCUGGAUCUAAUCUAACAAUAGAUAUGUAUGAACAAUUGCUAUGGGUAAGUGCUAUCCCACUGUAAGCGAGGAGUACCUCAAGGCUGUUGACAAAUGUAAGAGGAAACUCAGAGGACUCAUUGCUGAGAAGAAUUGCGCUCCUCUUAUGCUCCGUCUUGCAUGGCACUCUGCUGGUACCUAUGAUGUGUGCUCCAAAACUGGAGGUCCAUUCGGUACCAUGAGGUUCAAGGCUGAGCAAGGACAUGGAGCAAACAAUGGUAUUGACAUUGCUAUCAGACUCUUGGAGCCCAUCAAGGAGCAGUUUCCUAUCCUCUCAUAUGGUGAUUUCUAUCAAUUAGCUGGAGUUGUUGCUGUUGAAGUUACUGGAGGACCUGAUGUUCCCUUUCACCCUGGUAGAGAGGACAAGACAGAGCCACCAGUUGAAGGUCGCUUGCCUGAUGCCACCAAGGGCUCCGACCACUUGAGAGAUGUGUUUGUGAAGCAAAUGGGUCUAUCUGACAAGGAUAUUGUUGCACUCUCUGGUGGCCAUACCUUGGGAAGGUGCCACAAGGAACGUUCUGGUUUCGAGGGACCUUGGACUACCAAUCCCCUCAUCUUUGACAACUCAUACUUUACGGAACUUUUGAGUGGGGAGAAAGAAGGGCUUUUGCAGUUGCCUUCAGACAAGGCUCUCCUUUCUGAUCCUGCUUUCCGCCCCCUUGUUGAGAAAUAUGCUGCGGAUGAAGACGCCUUCUUUGCUGACUAUGCUGAGGCUCACUUGAAGCUCUCUGAGUUGGGAUUUGCUGAAGUUUAAGCUUGUGUUGGGAGGGCUGGCAUGUGCUUGUUCAUGUUUCACUUUUGAAGAGAACUUUUGGUGGAAUUGUUGGUUUUAGUCUUCUUUUGCCUGCUUAUACUAGGAUUUGAAUUUGGCGUCUGUUAUUAGACGAUGAUGUUGUCACUCUCUUCCAGCUAAAUAAGAUAAAGACUUCUAUUCCUUUUUUCUAGUU